UAAUUUACAUCUAGAAACUUCCGAAAUGAAGUCCAAUAUAUCGAACUCUAGUUCCAGUCAGGAAAGACUGUCGGUCAUUAUUUCAACUUACCGGUUGACGGUUUUAUAAUCAAAAUAUUACUAGCUCUUUCAUAUUUCAAAAAGUCAACAUAUCAACAACGAGGUUUUAUAGCUAAUCAGAAAAGUGUUUUUUCUCGGUACAAUCAAGAAUGACUUUAGGAAACCGCAUUGGAUUUAUUCAAAAAGAAUAUUAUGCUUUGUUAGGGACCAUUUUUCUUAGCACGAUGGGUCAGUUGGUGUCUGCAGAUUACUGUGAAUACACAUGUGGAUACAAUAAAUACUGUUGUGGAAACAAUGAAUGUUGCAGAUAUUCUUCCGUUUGGUCCUUAUGGUAUUUUUGGUUCAUUGUGGCAAUAUUGUUGCUGAUUCUUCUCAUAUUUUGUUUAUACUUCCGCAAGAGAAGGCUCCUCCAACAGCAACAGGUGUCAGGAAUGAUUGUUGCCGAAACAGGGGGUCGUGCUAUUCAACAGCCUAGCAUGGCAUAUCCUGGAGCAUUGUUACCACCACCUUACAAUGAUGCAAUGAAGACAGCACCUCCAUCAUACGUAUCAGCAUGUCCAUCCAACUCUCAUCAAAUCUACAUGUAUCCAGUCAGUCCACACGCUCAAGGCAAUUUAUACACACCAGAUCCAACUUUAAUUCCAUCCAAUCAAGUGGGAACUAUACGUUAAUUUAAGAAUGGUAUUUAAAGAAAUAUUAAUAAUAAUACAAUGACAAAAAAUAUUCUGUAAAUAUGUAUUUUAGACUUGGACGAAUUAAAUAACCCUUAUGUGCAAAAAAAAGAUAAAAAAUUCUCAUCAAUAUUAUUUAUAUUUACGUUUCGUAAAUGUUAUUGUAUCGUGUUAAAAAUGUUCUUCUUACAUUCCUAGUUUGUUGUUUUGUUUACAAACUUAAUGACUUUGUUAUUGUUAUCAACCUAAGUCACAUUUUAUGAUGAUGAUGUCAUAAUUUGGUUAAAGUUUGGGAAUAUAAAACUGUGUAAUGAAACUAGAAACAAUUAGAAACAAUCCCGUAGGAAAAAUCUACAAGAAUUCUCUCCCCGCGACUUGCAGCUACCAUAUUUGGUUCCGAAAGCGAACAUUCCUGUCCGGCUCACUCUAUUUUUUCCUUCUAAAAGCAGUGUGCUACUUAAAUCUCUGAGCGUUUACUUUUUUUGAGAAAGAUGUUUCAGUUUCAGAAAGUGCGUGUUCAUUAUAAAUUCCAGGGAAAACGCAAACAAUACACUAUGAAUACACUUCAAUGUAAGAUUUUGACUCACUUUCAAUUUCAUAAACCGUUUUUUUUUUGCAAAUCUGCAUUGUGACAAAAGGCAGAGAUAGGGAAAUGUUACUUCUGGCGCAGGCGCACGCGCACGCUACAAUCAAGCACAACAAAUCCCUGAUAAUCCAAU